ACGGAUCGAUCUAUGACAUCGGGUAGAGGGAGAGCUAUUUAAACGCAUACAAAGCAGUCUGUUCUCGAGUCGCUCUCGCGGUACUUCAAUGUCAUACGGUGAUCAGUCUGCGCAGCAUGAGUGAAGUAGAUUUCAUAAACUCUCAUCCGUUGGUUCCUCUGGUAACACUAAUAAACAAAUGGCGCCGAACACAUCAACUGAACUGAAUACAAUGCUGUAACUUACACAUUUGUUGUGAAACUCCGGUAGAUUUUAUACUGUAUGAGUGAAAACUGAAUGAGUGUUUUACACGAAGCCGAUUUGGUGUGGUUUUAUUUGGUCCUGACAAAGCAUAGCAUAAUAACUGUUUGGGAGAUGCAGUAAAAUGGACGACGAUAUUUUUUCUACAACACUUGCUUACACGAAAAGUCCAAAAACGUCAAGAAGAACAACGUUUCAGUAUGAAUUGGAGACAGCCGUGUCUGCAAGAGCUAACAGACAAAAACCGAACUAUACCUACUCUGAUGAUUUUGACGACGAUGAGAAUGGUAUAGAUAAUAAUGACGACGACGACAUGCUCGGCAAACUUCUUAGGAUAAAGAAACAGAAAAAGGACAGAUUUAAAGCUGGGAAUACAAAGGGCAAGAUAAACGAUUUUAAACUUUCAGACGAUGAAGAAGAAAACGUAAAACCCCACAAAGUAUCUUUCUUGAAAACCAAAAGGAACAGCUCACCUGUCCACACUGAACAGCUAGAUUCAAUGAGAAACGAAAGCCAUCACGGUUCUUUUCAUUCCAGUCAAUCCAGCAGUACCCCUCAAAGUCCAUGGAAUUCUGUCACUGCAGAGAAAAUUCAACAUUCGAAUUCUCCUUUCUCCUCUCAGUCUGACCAGCCUCAACCAGACAGCAUUGUACAGACUGAUCAGUCAGAGUCCGUAAUGAAGAUGAGAAAUCAGACGGAGUCAUCCUUGGUGAGGAAGAGUCUUUCAGAAUCUCCUUUGCCACUAAAUUCUGAGAAUAGCCGAUGGGAAUCUUCAGUCCCCCUUCCAUCAGAGGGCUCUCAUUGGGACAGUCCUGUCUCACUGCUGUCAGAAAAAGAACACAACCAAAAAAUGUAUUUUGGUGAAGAAGGUGAACUUCCCAUUCCUCACCCUCGGGAGCGAAGUGUUAAACCAAAUCUUCUCACAGCAGGUUGUUUUGCACAAGACAUGUCCCCAAGGCCCAUGCCCAGACAGAAGACUGGGAAUAUGUGCGAAAGUGGUCAGAUACAAGAGAACACACAACCAGAGACCCCGGCCUGCAGCGGUGUAGCCACCUCCUCUAUGUCUAUAGUGGUCUCCAACACAUCGUCUUUAGACAAGAUUCAAAACUCUACCCAUGAUAGUGUACAGGGUCAGGUUGAAGACUCAGUCAUAUCAGAAAAGUCCAAGACAAAUUCCACUUCAACACAGAAACACAUGUCUGAGGCUCUGACAACGUCAGAAAGCGAAGAGAACAGAGAGGGAACAGAGUCAACAUCCUUUCAGGAAAAUAAGGUUUCUCAAAGCAACUUUGACCACACAUUCACUGUCCGAGUGCAAACUUCCAAGUCAACAUACAGUUCUAGAAAGUCGAAGAGCUCCUACACCGCGGAGUCGAAAUACCUGGGAACGCUGAAAAUUCUGGAUCAAAAGGAGACCCAACAGAUUCCAGAUGCAGCAGAUUCACUAAGAGCUGCUGUAUACCAGGAAUGGUUAAAAAAGAAAGAAGAAAACAUCAAAAUAAAAAUGAGGGCAAAGAAGCAGGAAGAAAAAUUGAACGAGGAGAAAAGGCAAGAGGAAAAGCUUGCAAAAAUAGCAGACGCUAAAGCCUCUUAUGAUGCCUGGAAAGAGAAAACAGUGGACGUCAUUAGAAAGAAAGUCAAAGAAAAACAGGAGGCAAUCAAUGAACAACAAAUGGAAAGGGAAAAAAAGCAAGAAAAAAAGGAAACAGCAAUACAGGUUUUUGAGAAAUGGAAACAGGAUCAUGACAAAAUCCUUAAAGAAAGGAUGAGGGAAAAGAAACAGAAUGAAAAAAAAGAGAAACAAAAACAGGUCAGAGAUAAAGACGAGAGGAAGAGUGACUGUACCUCUGCUUUCAUUCAAUGGAGUGCGCAAAAGAAAAAUGUAAUUCAAGAGAGAGUAAGAGAAGAACACGAGAAUAACAAAAUAAAUGAAAUGGAGGAAGAAUAUGAAAAGGAGGAAAGAGAAAAAAUGGCCUUGGAGAUGUAUGACAAAUGGAUGAGAAGAAAAGAGUUUCAACAAAAAAGAGAGAGAAAAGAAAAGAAGAUACAUGCGAUUCUGCUGGAUGAGCCUCCUCCACCAUGGAGCCCCCCUAAUAAAACCAUUCCGUUUGGAAAAUAAGAUUAAUUAAUGGUAAUACCUCCAUUUUUAUAAGCUAUGAAAUUAUGUUAAAAUAUGCAAUUUGUCACUUAAACUACAAGACGUUAUCAUCAAGGUGUCUUAAAAGUGCUUUAUGUCAGAAAUUCGUUUUUAUAUUUGUAUAUUGUUUAACAUGUCACUUAAAAUAAUUCAGUGCUGUUUAUAGCAUCAUUUUAAAGAUUGGUCGAAGCGAUUUAAUUUUUAAAUAUAGUAUUAUAGAUAUGUAUAAUUUAUGGGAUUUAUUUAGACGUUGACAAAAUAUUCAGAGUUUGAACCAUUUUAGUGCUUGUUCUGUUUGGUGAUCAUAACAAUUCUGUUUAAACUCUGUAUUGCUUUUUGCAAUCCUAGUGUAUAUGCAGAUGCAUGUAAAGUAAAUUAACUAUAUGAGUCAUGCUGA